AUGCGGAAUGAACGCCUCGAGAAGUACUACAAGGCUCAAGCCAUCCUACCUGAAGACGAGUAUGAUGCUAUGUUCGAGACUAUGCGCAACCCCUUGCCGACCACUUUUCGCGUCGCAGGGAGUCGACAGGCUGCGAAAUUGCUGAAUGAAACGAUUAAAGACGUCCAUGUUCCACACCUGGCGGGCAUUGCGUUCGAAGGGGAGGCAGUGUCGCCACCGCAGCAGCUUCCAUGGUAUCCGGAUGGUCUAGCAUGGCAGUUCAACGUCGCUAAAAAAGUCGUGAGGAAGUCUCCCGAGUUUAAAAAGUUCCACUCGUUCUUGGUGUUCGAGACGGAAGUCGGUAACAUUUCGCGACAAGAAGCAGUUAGCAUGCUCCCACCUCUUUUCCUUGAAGUCGAACCUCAUCACCGAGUCAUUGACAUGUGCGCCGCUCCAGGAUCCAAGACUGCGCAGCUCCUCGAGGCCCUGCACGCCAACGACACCGCCACCUCCUCCUCCUUGCCCAGUGGCCUGCUGAUCGCCAACGACUCGGACUACAAGCGCACGCACCUCCUCAUUCACCAGUCCGCGCGCUUACCGAGCCCUUCGCUGAUGGUCACCAAUCUCGACGCGUCCAUCUUCCCCGCGAUCAAGAUCCCGUCAGAGCAAACGACGUUUGCGGAGGGUACGAAAAAGCGUGUGCAGAGCAAGCGGCAGUACCAACUCAUGUUCGACCGCAUCCUGUGUGAUGUGCCGUGCUCGGGCGACGGCACGAUGAGGAAGAACCCAGGUAUCUGGAAACACUGGAGCCCGAUGGACGGCAACGGGUUGCACAGUCUGCAGCUCCGGAUCCUGCAGCGCGCGAUGCGCAUGCUGAAGAAAGGCGGCCGCCUAGUCUACUCGACCUGCUCGCUCAACCCGGUCGAGAACGAGGCCGUCGUCGCCGCCGCGCUCAAGUCCAUCCCCGGCUUCGAACUGGUGGACAUGUCGGGGCACCUGCCCGGGCUCGUGUUCCGCCCAGGGCUCACCUCCUGGCGCCCGACCACCUCGCGCGAGAUCAGCAUGGACUUCGCGACGUUCGCCGAGUACGACGCCAGCCUCGACGACAAGGCGCGUGCGGCGAGCAAGAUGCUCGAGUCGCACUGGCCCCCGAGCCCGGAAGAGGCGCGGACGCUCAGCCUGGAGCGGUGUUUCCGGAUAUACCCGCAUCUGCAGGACACCGGCGGGUUCUUCAUUGCCGUUCUGCAGAAGACGCCGCCGGCGCGGCGCGCUCAGUCCACGGCCACUGAGGGACCCGCGAAGGAGCACUCGGACGCGAAGCGCACGGCAGACGCGGUGGAGGGCCUCGACCGAGAGGAGAUCAAGAAACCGAAGCUUGACUCCGGUAACGCGCAGGAGCCGACUGAAGACGCCGAGGAAGAGCUCCUGGAAGAGGCGAUGGACGACCCCGACGCCACGCCCACAGCGGAGAUGGAAGUCGACGCGCCCGAAGGGGAAGCGGCCGCGGCUGUGAUGGACAAAGGCAAGGAGAAGGACCAGAAGAUCCGCUUCAAGAAGGGCAAGACCGCGGAGGGCGCGGGCGCGCACUUCAAGGAGAACCCGUACACGUUCAUCGCGCCCAACGACCCGAUCGUCCAAGCGUGCAUCGACAACUUCGACCUCGCUCCGAGCUUCCCGGCGGGGAACAUGCUCGUGCGAAACCCGGCGGGCGACACCGUGCGCUCGCUGUACAUGGUCAACGCGGUCGUCAAGUCUGUCAUCGAGCACAACGACUUUGCGCGCAUCCGGCUCAUGACCGCGGGCACGAAGGUGUUCGGCAAGCAGGAAGGCACGGAGGCGAAGCGCGCGGCCGCCGCGGACACGCACUUCCGCGUGCUCGCGGAGGGCCUGCCCGUCGUGCUUCCGUUCGUCGGGCAGAAGGCGCAGAUGACCGCCGACUUCGCCGCGAUGAAGGUCAUGAUGGAGAGCUACUACCCGCUCACGACGGGCUUUGCCGAGCCCUUCCGGUCUGCGGUGGAGGCUAAGGGCAAUGGCAGCUACGUUGUCCGGUUCCAACCCGGACGCCUGGAGAGCGGUGCGACCCUCGCGCACGAGCUUGUUUUGCCCAUCUGGAAGUCGAACGUCUCAGUCACGCUCAUGCUCGAUAAGCGCGCCAAAAGUGCGCUGAGCCUCAGGGUCUUCGGUGAGGACAUCACGGCUGCCGCGCGUCAAGCGGCGGGGAAGAAGAAGGAGGGCGAUGCUGAGGUUCAGGGCGAGGCCACCCCGGAAGACCCAGAGGCCUCGACCGAGCCCAUGGCGCUCGGCGACGAGGAUGCGGUCGGGGAAGACGACGACAACGUGGAUGUUCCGGCGGAGGCGGAGGAAGGCGCAACGCGCUCCGAGUGA